GAUGUUGCCAUUAUUGGGAACCAAACUACUUUGCAAUAAGAGUUUAGAAUGAUGCCAUAGCUUCUUAACUCUCCACCAUGGCUAGAAUUGUCAGCCAAGAUCACCAAGAAGAUGGCAUCUCAGUUCAGUUGCCUGCUCCAUCUGAGAUCACAAUUAGUCCACCUCUUCUCUGGGUGAUAGUAUCUGUGGCUGCAAUCUUCUUCAUUUCUGGGAUUCUUCAUCUUCUGCUUAGAAUCAUAAAAAAGAAGCGAACUUAUCCAUCAGUCACUCAAUCCAACAGAUAUAACGAACUUCACCAUCCUCAGUCUCUUGGAAGACAGCUUCAACAGCUUUUCCGGCUACAAGAUUCUGGUUUGGACCAGUCUUUCAUUGACAGUCUUCCGGUCUUCGACUACAAGAACAUUUCCGGAUUGCAAGAUCCAUUUGAUUGUGCUGUGUGUUUGUGUGAGUUCUCACCUUAUGACAAGCUCAGGUUGAUCCCAAUUUGCAGCCAUGCUUUUCACACCCAUUGCAUAGACACAUGGCUUCUAUCAAACUCCACAUGCCCUCUUUGCAGGGUCAAUCUUAGCAUCGGAACCACAUUAUGUAGUCAUAAUCAACCUCUGGAAAACUUCAUGAAUGUCGCUACAAAUAGCAUAGUAAGUGAGAUAAGUUGCAACGAGAAGAAUCUUGGAAAGAGGGUGCUUUCUGUGAGGCUAGGAAAGCUCACAGGCUUCAAUUCGGGAGAAAGAGCAAAUGGAGGGGAGAUUAGUAGGUGCAAUUUGGAUGCAAGAAGGUGCUUCUCGAUGGGUUCAUUUCAGUAUGUGGUUAAUAAUAUAGAUCUGCAAGUGGCAUUGUUUGAUGUUAAAGAUAAUGUAGGAUGUGGAAAAAUUGAAGAUGACAUGGACCAGAGGAAGAUCAAAUAUGAGAGUUUUUCUGUCUCUAAGGUUUGGUUGUGGUCUAAGAAAGGCAAAUUUCCAGUUUGUUCAUCAGAGACUGAAGUUGCAGGCGAUUCUUCAGAUCAAAACACUAGAGUUCCUAGCCUAUGAUUUCUCCCCAAUAUUUGAAGUAGUGUUCCUAUGAAAUAUUGAUCAUCAGCAAUCAGCAUCACUCUUUUGUGUAACACUUAUCCAUUUAUCUAAGAACAAUGGUACUAUAAACACAUAAUCUGCACAGUACUUAGCAGAAAAUGUACUAGUUUUUUUUCGUAAUCCUACGAGCGAUAUAGUUUCGU